AUGAAGACCCUCAACAUAGACUUGAAAUCUGCAGGAGAGAAAAGACUACUGCAAUUGAAUGAGUUGGAGGAGUUUAGAAAUGAGGCUUACGAGAAUGCUAAGAUUUACAAGGAGAGAAAAAAGAAGUGGCAUGACCGAAGCUUAGUCAGAAAGGAGUUUCAACCUGAGCAACAAGUUUUACUUUUCAAUUCAAGGUUGAAAUUGUUUCCUGGCAAGUUAAAGUCAAGAUGGUCGGGUCCGUUUACAGUGGUCAAGGCGUUUCCCUAUGGAGCUGUAGAACUGAAAGGAGAAGGUCUAGAAACCAUUAAGGUUAAUGGACAGCGUUUAAAGCUCUACUUGGGAGGUAAAAUUGACCAGGCCAAGUCCACCAUUAUUCUGGCGCCUCUCUAA